AUGGCGCCCCGGAUACAGAGCCGUCGCGUGUCCAACGCCCUCCUCCCCUACCUCACAUCCUCUCCAUCCUCCUCCUCAAUUUCAUCCAUCCCUUCUCUAUCUCCCUCAUCACAAUGCCUUGCCCGUCAAUUCUCGGCUACGGCAGCUCCCCAGACCAAACUCCGGCGGACAAUGUUCGAAUGGCUCAAUAAUGAAGGAGCUGCUCUGAAGCACCAUAUGCCCGGUCAAACGAAUUACUUAAGAAACCCUCGGGACAGCAAUGAGGGUGGCGGCAACCGGCCAUUCCCGAACAACCCGAACUUCAUCAGCGAAAACAUCCUGAGCGAGGAGUUGCGGAAUGAGAUCUAUGAGCGGGUCGUUGAGAAGAAGAAGAGCGUGCGUGCUGUCAGUGUCCAGCUCGGUAUUGAUAUGAAGCGGAUUGCGGCGGUGGUACGGUUAGUCGAAUUGGAGAGGAGACAACGGGCACAGGGCAAACCCCUCGCCUUGCCAUACGCCCGCGCAGUUCACGAAAUGGUUCCGACGACUCCGCUUGCCCAGGAUGGCGAGCGCCAGCAAUUCCAUGAACCCAUUAACGACCUCCCUGCCCACCCCACGACCGGCCCUCAGAUCUUCUACCCCGUGCCCGAGUCACGAUCAUUCACUCGUGUUGAUGCCGGCCGUGUCUUCUCCGGUGCACCCGCACUGGAGCGCGAGGUUGCAGAGAAGAUCACACAUCCCUCGGACCUUGCCGAGAAGGCCAUUGAGAACCCCAACUCCAUCGACUGGGUCGGCAAGGGUGAGAAUGCCCGCCAGGUCCUCCAGCCUGCGGAUGUGCGUAUCCCCCACCCGCAGCUGGUGAAGCUGGAACUUGACCGCGCUGCCUUCCCCGAAGAGCGUCGCAAGGUUGCCCAGCUCCACGCCGAGCGGAUGGAGCGCCAAGAGAAGGUUGAGACGGAGCGCCGCGAGCGCGCCCAGAGUCGUCGCGAGAAGAGCAUCAAGCACGUCGAGCCCGAGGGUGGCCGCUUUGACUACCGCUUCUCGGAUGCCGUUUUCACUGCGGAGACCACCGGAAAGGACGGUCGUGCUCCCUGGGCCCCCGGUCGCCGGUAUGGUGUGCCGACUAAUGACCGCAAGCGCGGCGUGGUCAAGAUCCCUACCCGUGUGGAGGCUUAA